CUGUUUGUUAUUUUAGUCCCGAAUAAUGGUCUUGUCAUUUAUUGCGGAACUAUCGUGAACGAAGACGGUAAAGAGAAAAAAGUUAACAUAGAUUUCGAACCUUUCAGACCAGUGAAUACCUCGCUUUAUCUGUGCGACAAUAAAUUCCACACAGAGGCUCUAAAUGCCUUGCUUGCAGAUGACAGUAAAUUUGGAUUCAUCGUCAUGGAUGGUAAUGGUGCUUUAUUCGGCACACUUUCUGGAAACACACGAGAAGUUCUACACAAAUUCACUGUGGACCUUCCUAAAAAGCAUGGGAGAGGUGGUCAGUCUGCUCUAAGGUUUGCCCGAUUGCGCAUUGAGAAGCGCCACAAUUACAUGAGAAAAGUCGCCGAAACAGCCGUUCAAAUGUUUAUAUCAGGAGAUAAAGUAAAUGUCGAGGGGCUAGUAUUAGCUGGAAUAGCAGAUUUCAAAAGUGACCUUAGUCAGUCGGAUAUGUUUGAUCAACGAUUACAAGCAAAGAUACUUAAAAUUGUGGACGUAUCCUACGGGGGUGAAAAUGGUUUCAAUCAGGCUAUCGAUCUCGCUGGAGAGGCCCUUGCUGGGGACUCUGGAAAAUAUUGCUUCGGCGUAGAUGAUACAUUAAAAGCCUUAGAAAUGGGAGCCGUAGAGAUACUCAUUGUUUGGGAAAAUCUCAAUGUCAAUAGAUAUGUGUUGAAAGUUACGGGAUCUGAC